AACACCGUAGUUAACGAUGAUAUGUAAAGAAUAUGGCGAAGAAUAGUUUCAUGUAGUGCGUUGCUUAUCGUUUUUUCUAAUAUAUCAUGCGAAGAAGCAGUAGUCACGGCGAAGUUCCAUUACCCGAUGGUUGGGAAAAGGGUGUCGAUUCGGCCGGACGUACAUAUUUUAUUGAUCAUGUCAACAAGAAUACGACUUGGAUAGAUCCUCGCGACAGGUUGACAAAGCCAAUGACCUUUGCUGACUGCGUUGCUGAUGAACUACCAUUUGGCUGGGAAGAAAUCACAGAUGCAUGUAAUAGAACAUAUUAUAUUGACCAUAACACUGGUAGUACACAUCUUAAAGAUCCAAGACGGCAAUGGCAAACAGAACAAGAGCAGAUGCUUAAAGAUUAUUUAAUGGUUUCCCAAAACAACAACCUACAAGCAAAACAGGAUGCUUUGAUUAUGAAGCAACAAAAAUUGCAUUUGGCAGAAAAAGAGGUAUUACAAAACUGAGGUUUUUCACUGUUAAUUUAUGAACUUUGUACAUCUUUCUGGUAUAAAGUCUAAAAAGUAUUUUAACUUCCUGCCAGUACUUGUAUCUGAUG